AUGAAGUUCCUAUUGGCCUUUAUCGGCCUUUUGCCGCUGACCAGCGCCAUCGGCAUAAUAUGCAAACCUUGGGUAGGUGAUUUAUUAAUUGAAAUGUAAUUCAAUAUUUAGUGAGAAGGCAAAAUGAUUAUGAAUUUCAGGACAACAAAACUGAGAGCAGACAAGUUUUCUCGCUCGAAACUCCUCUGAAAGGUGGAGAUACCAUUUUCCUCGAUGCGACCGCCAGUGAGAGCAAAUCGAUUACACAGUUAAUUUUUCACGGUUUUGGUCAGAUCUCGUCAGAAAAUCGCUUCACGAAAACGAAAAGAAAAAUUGAACAUUAUCAACUUUUUUUUGAAACGUUCCUAAUUCCAGCUUCAUUUUCGAUUUGUACGAGGGAACUCCGCUAGCGACCGAUGCGAGUAAAAACGCUUCUCUUCGAAUUAUCGCCAAUUUGAACACCAGCAUGAUGGCUUUCAAUACGAAUACGGUGAGAUUUCUGUUUUUUUUUGGGGAGUUGAAAAAAUGCAUUUUCGGACGCUCUCUUUUUGAUUUACACUAAAUUUUGUAUUGGAAAAAUUCGAAAUUCAAGAAAGGACACCUCAAACUUUACAGGCUUUCGGGUCAGUCCCUGAACCACUAUAGGGACCACUCAAGCUUUACAGGCUUCAGGGUCAGUCCCUGAACCACUAUAGAGACCACUCAAGCUUUACGGGCUUCCGGGUCAGUCCUUAGACCCCUAUAGGGACCACUCAAGCUUUACAGGCUUCAGGGUCAAAUCCUGGACCCUUAGAGGGACCACCCGGGUUUUUUUUUUGACUCCAAUAGGCUGUACCUAUCCCUUUGACAAUAACUCUGAACAUUCAGCCCGAUGGAAAGUACAAUGAAGAGCCCAAGUUGUCUACAAUCAAACGCGGCGGACCAAUCAAAAUCAAGAUUUUGUUUGUCUCCCAUGAUAUACUCGGAAAAAAAUUGAUUCUUUCAGAGUGCGACAAAUUGAUUAUCAAAUUUUCGUCGACGACAAACUUUUCUGGACCUACAACUUCCGUCGGCCAUUACUCAAAACGGUUAAAGCCAUCGGAAUCGAAGGAAUCAAAUUCACGAGCACCACAGAGAAGCAAGUCUAAGUCCGAAAAGCUUGAGAGACAGAACAGAAAGAAAAUGUUUCUGUUUUCGAUAAGACUCCUCCGCUCUUAUUAUGAAGAAACGAUUUCAGUUCCUGCCCGGCUCACUCUACACGGGAGAUCCUGGAUGAUUUCCAGACCAUCGUGAUUGAAGGUGGAAAAGUCAAUAUUCUCUGUGAGUUCUUUAGUUGUAUUCGGAAUGGCGGGACUCACGAAAUAUUUGCCUCGUCCGACUUGAAACGACUUGCGCGUUUUGAAACUAGGUACAAAUAAGCUAUUUGAAAUAGCUUAGCCAGCCGCAACGCGACCGCGUCCUAGAAACUUUUUGGUGGCCUCUUUGGCAAUUUGCCGUGUUAAUGGUCACUAAAGAAAUCAAGUUAGUGGACACUCAGUGACUAAAACUUGUAGGCCUCUUUAAAAGUCUAACCAGGGAAUGGUCUCAGCUCACAGGGGGACUUCUGAACGUGACCAUGUAUGUAGUCUUUUACGCUGAUUUCAAGUCCGGUCUCAAAAGUUGCCAAUGAGGUCUGUGAAAAAAGUUAUAAAGUCUCAAAAGUCGGAAACCUCACAGUCUCCGAUAGAGCCCCUUUUGAGGGUAUGUAGAUCUUGUCUGUCUGGUCUGGAAAGCCGUUCAAUUUUUUUCCAAAAAAGUAUAUCUGAGAAAAGAACAAGAUCUAAAUACCCUCCAAAAUUGAGCUCGAUCGGAGACUGAAAUUUUCGACGUUUAAGGGUCCAUAACUUUUUUCAACGACCUCGAUGACAGCUUUUCAAACCGGAUUUGUAAUCAGGGAUUCCAGAGUGGUCCCUGUUAAGGUAACCUUAAGAGUUUUUGAAAGUUACAAUCUAGGACGCAAUUCACCUCUCAUAGGGGCUACUGAAGCUUGCAAAAGCGGCCCUUUUUGGAGUUUUAGUCAGUAGCCUCUAUGGGAGACAUGCCAGUGGUUUCUACACGACUUUUCAUCACGUCACUUCGUCUUUCGGACCUGGAACCCCUAUACUUUUUGGCCAAUAAAGGAACUGUUUUCCCCUAAUCCACAUAGGGACCACUUUGGCAUUCCUAAGAAAGUUCAAUUUAUUUAAAAAUCCCAAACCAAUCUUUCGAAUAUAAAACUUUUGAGAAAAAAGAAGGUAUACAUACUACACAGCAUCUUUCCAAGUUUUGUCGAAGUUAUCUGUUUUCAGAUGGUCCUACCCUGCAGGACAUUCCAUUCGUUGACAAUAGUGGAGGAGCACCUCACAACGGCAGAGUCGUCAUCGAAUUUUGA